CUGAAAAACCUGCACACCAUGAUGGAAUGUAACCAGAAUCCACUUCACCAGGAAAGCAGUGAUGUAACUAAUAGCAGGAGAUAGUAAUACCACUAACCGCACACACACUCACAGGACUAGACCAUUUAGCAAGGAGGAGGGGGAUCUGGAGCAGGAAGGUCGGAAUAAGGGGGACUGUGGGAGGGCAAAAGAAGGAGGUGAUUGUUGGGGAGACGGGAAACAUAUAAAGGUGGAGAGAGCAAGAGGAGGAGUAACUGGAGAAAAGACCAGGAUUAAGGAGCUCCUUUACAUUUUGCUAGAGAUUGCCAACUUUUGCAAACAACAGAGAGCUCAAUGGCUGCCGUCAAGGACCUUGCUUUCCCCCUGGUGAUUGUCUGCCUGGUUUUCAUCAGAGGUUACUCUCCCCUGCCUACGACAUCACAAGUUCCAGAGACGAAUCCCAACAGACCUCUGACACCAACUGGGCCUUCGUCUAAGGUCCUUGGCUUUUCUUCAGACGAUUACACGGAAAAUGGAGAAGAACCUGUCACCCCCGUUACAGAGAAGAGAGGGCUUACAAACGUAGAGAACCAUAAGCCAUGUGACUACAACCUCUGUCUCGAGAGUCAGAUCCCCUGUGCUGAUCUAUUCGCCCAGACCAGAUGCUUGUGCCCAGGGUUCACUUUGAAUACUGUGGUUCCAGAUGUUCCCCGGCUGACGUCAGUGUCCUUUAACGGGUCAGAGGUCGUUGCUCAGUGGUGUGCACCUUAUUCAUACGUCACAGCUUUUAUUGUGACGGUAAACGGGAAAGAGAGGCAGAGGUUUAGGGAGGACCAGAGGAGCGGUGUAGUGGGAGACAUAGACCACAUGACAGAGGUGUGUCUGGUUGCAGUGAAUGAUGUUGGAGACAGUAAGGGGUCCUGUUUGACGUACCAGCUCACGGACAGCAGUCUGCCUCUGAAAGCAGGACUCAUCGGGGGAGGUCUGGGCUUCCUGCUGCUCUUCUUGCUGGCCGUCCUGCUCUGCAGGCACAAGAAGCAAAGGAAACAGGAGGCCGGCAUCUCUAUGCACGACACGGCGGAGACAGAGUGAAUGGAACAAGAAUGAAGCUCAGUGAGAUAAGACUCGCAGAUAAUGUGAUUACAUUAUUAUGUCGGAGGUUUUCUGCAAACAUGCGCUUCUGCGAGAUGCAGAAGGCAGCGUUCGUCAUCACACAUGAAUAUAUCUAGAAGUGUAAAAGGAAGCCCCCACAUCCAUGAAUAUUGCACUUAUUCUCCAACCAAGAGGAAUAAACACGAUGAUAGAUUAUGUGAAUUUGGUAGUUUCUUGCAUUAAAAAAGAAGUGCUGUUUGUUUAAACAGCUCUCGGGACUUCAAGGAACAUUCCAGCAGGUAGUCCCUGCUUGCAACUGCUCUUUGUACUUAAAAUGUACAUUUAUUUAUUGAUUCCUGGAUAACAGGGACUUUAAGAUUUGUAUUGAUUCCUCAAGAAACUUCUGUUGGACAGAAGCAGCCAUGGUCCUAAACCAUGCAUCUCCAAAAUGCUUUCAUGAACUAAGAAAAUUGUUGUUUUCUUGUCGUGUAUUUAGCUUUUUAAGUAACAAGGUAUCUGAAACAUUUUAAAUAAUACAAUUUAGAGGUACCAGAUUUUUAAUGUGUGGGUUAUAUAAUGAAUACAAGAUGUAUUGGUAGUUUGGAAUACAAUGACAAUAAUUAUCUAUAACAGAAACAAUAGCUGACAAAGGUUCAAAUUAUUUUGACAUUAUUUGUGAUCAUUUUAUAAUAAUUUAAUUGAGGUUAGGUAGCAGUCAGCUAGCACUUGUGUGUGUAAGUAUUUAAUUAAAUAGAAACGAUUAAUGAUGGUUUUAAGGACUGAAAGUGUAUGAUGUGCUAUGUGUAUUAUGUUCUGUAUUUAUGAAAAUCAUUUAGUAUGUUGGUAUGUCAAUGUAUUAUAUGAGUUUGAUAUUCCACAAAAACUAACUAAACUGAAGUCUAAAGCUCACAAAACAAGACUGACUGUUCAAACUGAAACUACUGAUUAUGAAAAGUGUGUUAAAGGUUAUUUAAGUGGGUUUUUUCCAUCUUUGUCAGAAGUUGUGUCAGCGGACUGGAUGAGCACAAGUAUUCAGUGCUGUUUCUUCCAGCUGUCAUACAAUAGCCUUUUUACUGGAUAUGGAUUUUGUGAAGCUUGUCUCAUUCCAGCUGUGACUUCCAGUCAACCAUCACAGAGCUGGUGAGAAGCUUCAGGCUUUUUUCUUAUUCUUUUUUUUUAUCAUGAUGAAAAAGAGAAAAAAGUCCAAUAUUUAAAUCCCUCCCCCCACACACACACACACACACACACUUUAUCUCAUGUUCAAGCCUCCAUCUGCAUGUCUUGCAGCCAUGUUAUAAUUCCGUUUGGCUCUGGCUGCUGCCACAGAGUUGUUCCACUGCUGCUGGCCUCUUCCUCCUUCCAACUGCACUGCGUAACGCACAGCGAACAGAGCUGCAUGGGAGUCACUGAACAUCAGUAAUUUGGAGACACACCAGAUUGUUCAUUUCAGUGUCUGAAACGGCCUCGAGAUGUUGCUUUUUAUGACACAUGUCCAGCCUGAGUGCAGUCGCUCUCUAACUGGGAGGGAAGUCUUGGCGUGAACGGGCCGGUGUGAGACCAAAUGCAAAAACACGGAUGUACAAUAUCCUGUCAUUUUAGUAAUGUAUAUGUAAACCUCAAUUUUUUCAAUACACUUUUUAUAUUUGAAACUUGUUGUUUUUGAAUGAUCAUGAAGAUAAUCUAGGCCACCUAUUACACAGAGUUAAAAUAAUAACAUUAAGUGUCACUAUUAGGUGUUGAGCCUUGCUUUGCUUCCAUAAGUGUUGUUGGUAACACUUUAUAAUAACUGCUCGCUUAUGAAGCAUUAGUUAAGUAUGAUUAAACACUUUAUUCAUCAUUUAUAAAGCAUUGUUCCACACUUUAUGCAUGAUGAUUCACCAUUUGUAAAUUAAGUAUUAUAUAAUGCUUCAUAGUGUGCAGUUAUUAUAAAGUGUUACUGUACAUGUAUUAAGUGUUGCACAAUGCGUUAUAAAUGAUGAAUUAAGUGUUUACUCAUACUUAACUAAUGCUUCAUAGCGUGCUGUAAUUGUAAAGUCUUACCGUACAUGUACAAAGUGUGGAACGAUGCUUUAUAAAUGAUGAAUUAAGUGUUUACUCAUACUUAACUAAUGCUUCAUAGCGUGCUGUUAUUGUAAAGUCUUACCGUACAUGUACAAAGUGUGGAACGAUGCUUUAUAAAUGAUGAAUUAAGUGUUUACUCAUACUGCUUCAUAGCGUGCUGUUAUUGUAAAGUCUUACCGAGUUUCUUUGCUCUGCGAAAUUGAAUUAUUAGUUAUCUUUCCCAGUAGAAAAUGUGAGCUAAACCCAAAUCUGAUAGAGACUAUUACCUAAAUCUGCUAAUCAGAUUCCCUGUGUUUUCUUUACUGGUUUGUCUGUGGCAGUCAGGGUGCCUCUGCUUCAGAAAUAAAUAAGUGGACAUGUGAUGCAGAA